UGCCAAACUUCACAUUUCCGUUUUGCGUUUAGCAUCCGCAUACUGUCUGUACGAUACAUCUGUUAUUGGUGCUACUGCUGCUAUUCUCAUCUUUUCAGGAGCUUGCGCUACCAUCUGAAGAUGAAUACUGUUUUGUCGAGAGCCAACUCUUUGUUCGCUUUCUCCCUGAGCGUCAUGGCGGCCCUUACAUUUGGCUGCUUCAUCACCACAGCAUUCAAAGACAGAAGAGUUCCCGUGAACAUCCACGUCUCCAAAGUCAUGCUGAAGAAUGUCGAUGACUUCACAGGACCGAGAGAACGCAGUGAUCUGGGUUUCAUCACUUUUGAUGUUGCAGCUGAUUUGCAGCCAAUUUUUGACUGGAACGUGAAACAGCUGUUCCUCUAUCUGUCUGCUGAGUAUGCAACAAAGAGCAACUCUCUGAACCAGGUGGUGCUGUGGGAUAAGAUUGUUCUUCGAGGCGAAAACACCAAACUGAACCUCAGAGACAUGAAGUCCAAAUACUUCUUCUUCGACGACGGGAACGGACUCAGAGCCAAUAAGAACAUCACCCUGACUCUGUCCUGGAAUGUCGUUCCCAAUGCUGGUAUCCUGCCCCUUGUAGCCGGAAACGGACACAUCAGCCUCCCAUUCCCGGAUACAUAUGAGACUGCUAAAAGCUAUUAGCUUCGGUUUAUUUCAACGCAUACUGUACACGGUACAGACUCACAGACUGGACACUGGUGUUUCUUUGUAAAUUUGGAUUUGUAAUAAAAGUUGAGAUAAGUA